AAGCCGGUGUACUCGACCCCCUCCCCGGUGGAGAACACCCCGCAGAACAACGAGUGCAGGAUGGUGGAGCUGCGCGGCGCCCAGGUGGCCUCGUUCACGGUGGAGGGCUGCGAGCUGAUCUGCCUGCCGCAGGCCUUCGACCUCUUCCUCAAGCACCUGGUGGGCGGCCUCCACACCGUCUACACCAAGCUCAAGCGCCUCGAGAUCACGCCCGUCGUCUGCAACGUGGAGCAGGUGCGCAUCCUGCGCGGCCUGGGCGCCAUCCAGCCCGGCGUCAACCGCUGCAAGCUCAUCUCCAGGAAGGACUUCGAGACCCUCUACAACGACUGCACCAACGCCAGUUCCAGACCUGGACGGCCUCCUAAGCGGACACAAAGCGUCACCUCUCCCGAGAAUUCUCACAUCAUGCCGCAUUCUGUCCCCGGCCUCAUGUCUCCGGGAAUCAUCCCACCAACAGGUCUCACAGCUGCCGCAGCCGCAGCAGCAGCUGCCACCAACGCCGCCAUUGCAGAAGCAAUGAAGGUGAAAAAAAUCAAAUUAGAAGCUAUGUCAAACUAUCACGCCAGUAAUAAUCAGCACGGAGCAGAGUCCGAGAACGGAGACCUGAAUUCUAGUGUGGGCCUGGAGCUCCCUUUUAUGAUGAUGCCUCACCCGCUCAUCCCGGUCAGCCUGCCUCCUGCCUCCGUCACGAUGGCGAUGAGUCAGAUGAACCACCUUAGCACCAUUGCGAACAUGGCCGCCGCAGCACAAGUACAGAGCCCUCCCUCAAGAGUUGAGACAUCUGUUAUUAAGGAACGAGUUCCAGACAGCCCUUCUCCUGCUCCUUCCCUUGAAGAGGGCCGAAGGCCUGGAAGCCACCCGUCCUCUCAUCGUAGCAGCAGCGUCUCCAGCUCCCCAGCCCGAACCGAAAGUUCUUCAGACAGAAUCCCUGUCCAUCAGAAUGGACUGUCCAUGAACCAGAUGCUGAUGGGCUUGUCGCCGAAUGUUCUACCUGGCCCAAAAGAAGGUGACCUGGCUGGCCAUGAGGGCGGUCAUGAUUCGAAAAGAAUGCACAUGGAAAAAGAUGAGACCCCGCUCUCCACACCAACCGCAAGAGACAGCCUUGACAAACUUUCGCUAACUGGCCACGGGCAGCCACUACCUCCGGGUUUUCCAUCUCCUUUUCUAUUUCCCGAUGGAUUGUCGUCCAUAGAAACCCUUCUGACGAACAUUCAGGGUCUGCUAAAGGUUGCCAUAGACAAUGCCCGAGCUCAAGAGAAACAGGUCCAGCUGGAAAAGACGGAGCUCAAGAUGGAGCUGUUCAGGGAACGGGAACUGAGGGAAACACUUGAAAAACAGUUGGCGGUGGAACAGAAGAACAGAGCAAUAAUUCAGAAAAGGUUAAAGAAGGAAAAGAAAGCCAAGAGGAAAUUGCAGGAAGCACUUGAAUUUGAGACAAAGCGGCGAGAACAGGCAGAGCAGACAUUGAAACAGGCGGCUUCCACAGAUAAUCUCAGGGUCCUAAAUGACUCUCUGACCCCAGAGAUAGAAGCUGACCGCAGUGGGGGCAGAACAGAUGCUGAAAGGACGAUACAAGUUCUGUCCAGAUCGUUAUCCAUAACUGCAUUAAAGUGUUCCCACCCCCGGGAUCUGGUCACCUUCUGUGAAGGCAACUUAACUGCUGAUGAAGCUUUCUAAAGAAGAUGGAAGACUUUAUUUGAAAACUACUGUCAUGUACUGAACUCAACCUGCUGAAGAAACGUGUGCUACGGUAAAGAACUCUGCAGUAAGAAAUUCACCAUUCCCAAAGUUCUGCAAAAAAAUAAAGGUGCUUUCCAGG